UGAGUAGGCCUAGUUGUUAUGAGUUUUGUUUAUUAUGAAAUGUAUGUUGGAGUUUACCUGUGUUUUCUGUGCAAGUGGAAUGUUUUCUUAAAACUUUUAUUUUAACUAACGUGUUUAGAAUAAACUUUUGGAAUAAAUGGUUCUGCUCGUUUCAGUUUCAUCGUUAUUUAUUUUGAUGCAAGUAUUCGUUUUAUCGUUAUAUUUAAGUUGCUGUCAAUAUUUGGCCCAUGUUAAGAUGUAAUGCUGAAUAUUCUGCUUUGGAUUCUAUAAAGUUAGUAUCUGACAAUCUAUCUGAAAGAGUGAAACUUGAUUGUGCAAAUAACUAUGAACUAUGUGAAAAUAAAGAUGGUGUUCUCAUAGCUAAUAAAAUAAAAAGUGAAGUUAUUGAGGUCUCAAGUGAAACAAUAGUAAAUGGCUGUUCAUCUUUGAAGUCUCCUGAGGUUAAGGGUCAGAAGACACUAUACCAAGACAGUGGCAAAGGGAAUAGUAUGACUGAUAUGAGCUUGAACAGUAACUUAAUGUUUAGAAGUAUGUUUUUCAUGAAUGAUGAAGCUACACGACAUUUUUUGGCACCACCUUUGCCCCCAGUACAGCCAUGUGAUAUGCAAGCAGAUUACAACUUCCAGAAGAAGUUGAUAUCUCAAGUAUCAGGUUCCAGCACUCCAGGAUCAUCAUCAGUCACUACGAGCAGUACAAACACUGGUAACAUCAGUGUGUCUUCGGCCAACAUUAACACAAGUGGACAAAGCACGACAGGUACCAACACGACCAAUCCUGGUAACCAACAGACGACAGUGAGUGUAGGUUCAGCUACAUCUCCUGUGGACAACAAACUCAACAUAACUCUGCCUAAACAGAGACCUCACACCUGUGAGGAGUGUGGCAAAACAUUCUUGAUGAAGCAUCAUUUGCUCACUCACAUGCGGGUAGUACACACUGGUGAAAGGCCAUAUGUAUGUCCUGAGUGCAACAAGAGCUUUGCACUAAAGCAUUGUCUCAGCACUCAUCUGCUGCUACAUACAGCCGAACGCCCUUACAAGUGCAACGAGUGCAACAAGAGCUUCACACUUAAACAUCAUCUGGUGAGCCAUGAGCGUGUCCACACCAGGGAUCGACCGUUUGAGUGUACUGAGUGUGGACAGCGGUUUCCUCAGAAGAGGCAUCUUUCAACACAUAUCAAGUUCCAUUCUGGAGAAAGGCCAUUCUCAUGUCAGGUUUGUGGAGAGUCAUUCUCAAGAGAGGAACACUUGGUGAUGCACUCGAGGUUCCACGGAGGUCUCAGCCCCUACAACUGUCCUGACUGCGGGGCCGGGUUCUUGCGCAAGUUUGAGCUGGUGAAUCACGAGCGACAGCACGGCCGCAACCCUGAGUCCUGCCCCCAGUGUGGCAAAGAGUUUCUGCAGAAACGCACUCUGCUGGUGCAUAUGCGCUCCUGCAAUGGCAGUGGACCUGUCAAUCAGCAGUCCUUCUCACCCACCAGAUUCAAUGAGAGUGGUUCCCCUCCUAGAUUUACUGAUAGCUCUCCAACAAGAUUUAACGAUGGAAUUAACCAGCGGUUUCCAAACAAUAGUAAUUCUUCUCCGAGAUACUCUGAAAACAGCAGUAGCCAGUUCAGGUUCCCUGAGGGCCAGAUCAGGUUUAACAAUGAUAACACACCCUCACCUUCUACUGUACCUUCAAUGCAAGCCCCAAAAGACAAAGUUUGCAAGGAGUGUGGGGAAACUUUUGCAAGUGUUGAAGGACUUGCUCUACACUUACGUUUACACUUUGGGGAUCACAGUUUCCUAGCUGACAUUUGUAGUUUAGCUGCGUCUUUGAAACAAACUGCAGUCAAUGUUGUAACCAGUCUUAAGAAGACACAUAUUUGUAGCGACUGUGGCCGUGGAUUUACUCAAAGACAUGGUCUGUUCCAACACAGACAACGACACGCCAACGGAAGUUGCAAAGAAAAACCCUUUGCAUGUGAAAAGUGUGGUAAGAGUUUUGCGCAGAAAAAUCACCUCAUGCUUCAUGAGAGACAACAUAUGGAUUUACCAUCAAGAAGUACAAAAAACAAUCAAAAAAGCCUCCAGCGCAGGUCAGAUAGUGUGGAGCAGAUGGAUACAUCUAGUAACUCUGGACAACAGAUAGAGCAGAAUCAUCAGGGAGAGAGAACCACACAGAGCUCAGACAUUAUAAUGCAGAAUCACUCUGAUCAUCAGAGGGUCGAUAUGUUAAAUAUGCACUCGUCAAAGCCAUCCGAUGGCACUUCACAAAACGAGAAGGGAAACAUUAUGAUGAUGCAGACCAACCAUUCCGAUCUCCAAAGAGACUUGUUGAACCGACACAGUUCAGAAUCUUCGAGCGACAGGAAUUCACAGAUGCAUCAAGAUCUUAUAAAUAGGCAUACUUCUGACUCGACUGAUAGUACCUUACAACCUGACCAUCAGCGAGAACUGUUAAACAGACAUCCUUCAGAAUCUUCAGCAGAGAGGAGUAUGCAGAUGCAGCAGGCUCAUGCGGAUAGUCAUCUGAUCAGCCGACACAGUAACAAUCCAGUGCCAUUAAUAAGGAUGCACAACCGAGUGAGUCAGAGUGGGUUACAACAAGGCUCUAGCAGUCGGUCAAUGAUAACUCACCACCAUCACAUGGGUGGAGCUCAGAGCUCAGAGCAAAUCAUGCCUUGUCUGCACCCCGUGCCUAGUAAACAGUAUUAGCCAUAGCUUAGUACUUGUCAUUCUAAGCAAUAAAAAAGUAGUUAAAAUAGAGUGUACAUUAAAGUAUUGUUGCAUCAUGAAAAAGAAUUGUUAAAAAUCCAUAUCGUAACAAAAUAAGUACGGGACUGAUUGCUCUAAAGUCACAAUUCCUGUUUUAACCCUUUGAACUCUAUUGAUUAUUUAAUGAUUUGACUAUACCUAUUUUAAUAAUGUUUCACCUCAUAUAAUCAACUAUAAAAUCCAAAUUAUUUCAAAACAAGAGAAUGGUAGACUCACACACACAAAACAAGGGUAGUAAAAUGUAAGAUUUGAGGCAACUCGCAAAAAAUUCACCCAUCCUGUAAACUUCUAUCUUCUAUCCAAUCCGCUGUUUAUUUUAGGUGGGUGUCUCUUCCCACCAAGCUCUGCCACAAUAUACUGUGUUGUCAGAGAGAACCCUUAGAUUGCUCAGCCUGUGAUCUGACCCUUUUUAGUGUUGUAUAGGCCAACCAUAAUGGUCUACCGAAAUCCCAAGCUUAGUAGUUACGGACUAGCUUGCACUGAUGAAAGUACAAGUUUGGUUAUGUUAGUCUUGGGUCCCAUAAUAUAUCAUAGGAUAGCGUUCAAAUGGUUAACCAACAAACUUAGUUUGUUCUCUUCCAUAGUAUGUGGGUAGUAGGGAGUGGAAGAUAAAAUCAGAACUUCCUCUGGCAGCUUUAAACAGCCAAUAAUUUGGAAUGUAUAAUUUAAAUUAUAAUUGUCUAAUGUCAUUAGACUCAUGUACUCAUUGAACACCCAAAGUCAUUUAAACAGCACAUUCUUAUAUAUUUUUGUAAAAACAGAUACAACAUGGCAAGUGCAAAUGUACCUAACUAGUUAUUAAAAUGAUUAAUCUGAUGAUGGUUCUCAGAAUAAUUUCGAUUGAACCAGUGGGUUUGUUUGUAAGUUUUGUCGCUUAAAAAAUCAAUAUUUUUUAGAGUUUUAAUACCUUGAAAAGUUGCUAAAUUAUAAGACCAAAACAGGAAAAAAUAAAAAAAAGAUCGGUUGUUAUGUUCCGGUUGUGCAUGUGCUCUAAAGUUUGAAAAAAAACUGAUAUUUUAUAAAAAAAAAUUAAGAUUUUUAUUUUUUUUAUUUUUAAUAUGUAAUACAGUACCUAGUUGAAAAUAUCAUCUACAAGACUAAGGAAUUUAAAUUUAAAUUAUGGUAUUGUAUGUUACGAUCUUCUGGUCGUGCAUCAACUGCAAAUAUUGCAAAAGUCAAGAAAAAUGUCAUUUUGUACUAGUCUUAUUUAAAAUAUAAUUAUUAUGAAUAUCAAAAUGUAAUACUGAAAAUCUGUGUGUACACAUUCAGAUAGUAACUUAAAAAUCCAACUGAAAACGUCCGAAUUGAUCUUCCAGUUGCACAUAGCAAUACAAUAAUUCACUUGAGCGCGGAACUGUUUGGUCAGUGACCCACACGACGUCAUGUGAUAAGUUUCCGAAAUUGAAAAACAGGAUGGUGAUGAUAAUGUAUCCUUGUGCUCACCCUUCUAAAAUUGACGAUUCUAGUGACAGCAUAAUAGAGAGCAGGCUAUUUUCAAUACUCUAAAAAUUACUCUCUAAUGAGCCAACUAUUUUUUGUGGCAAAACAAGUACAAAUAAUGCAUUACUAAUUCCUAUAUAUGUAACUAUGGCCCAUUUUUACCCCAUAAACCCCUGUUCCCAUAGUCUGAUCAUGCUGGUUUUUCUAAUUUGUUUAUUGUAGGUUUACACAUUUAUACCAAAUUUCAUCAAAAUCAGAUAAUUUUUUUAUAUAAUAGUCUAAACAGGAGAUUUUCAUUAACACAAGCAAUAAGUAUGAUUGAGAUUUUGUAAGCGUAUGUAACUUUUUUUACAUUAGAUUGUUAGACCCACAUUAUUCUCCACCAAGUAUUCUUGUCCUGUUGUGAAGCACAGCAGAACAACUUAGUUCAUUAAUUUAAAGCCCAAUGAUCAGGGACAGCCGGGUCCAGUUUCAAACCAUCAAAAAGCUACUGACUUUACUCAGGAUUGUACCGGCGACCUUUUGAUUGUUAGGCAAGGUCUAAAACCACUCGGUCUACAGUGUAGGCCUAUGUGAAAAUUAUUGUGAAACAACAACUCAGCAAUUUGUGAACCCAGAGGUUGUCAAGUUAUACAGAACAAUAAAAUUUUUAAUAGGUUUUAAAUCGAAUACAUAACAGACUACUUUUUACUUUGGAGAAAGUAUUUGUUUCGUCAAAAUUUUUGAGUUUUGAGUGGAUAUAUCCAUUUUGGGCCCCCCUGAACCCAAAAAAGUGGUUUUCGAAGUGUGUGUGUCUGUAUGUGUGGAUGUGUACAGAGCUACAGACCACACCCGUAGUCCGAUUUUGAUGAAAUUUGCUAUGUAGGUACUAGUCAAUGGUAUCUCCAUGUGUUUUUUUUUAUUUUUUUUUUAUUUUAGCAAAUUUCACAUAUAGGGAAUAAGCUAUUACCGUAGGUCUCAUGGUAAGACCUAGACG